AUGAUAUUUAAUAAUUAUGAAUUAUUUAUUAAUAAAAAUAUAUCUUUAAUUUAUUUAUUUGAUAGGGUAUUAAAUUUUAAUUAUCUUACUAUAGUAAAUAAUAAAAUAUUAUAUAAUAAAAAAAUUUAUAUUUUAAAUAAUUUAUUUGUUAUUUUUUUAAAUAAUUUAAAAAUAUUUUUUUUAUUUAAUAAUAAAUUUGUAAAUAUAAUAAAUUCAUAUUUUAGUAAUUUAAAAAAAAUAUUAUUUAAUAAAAAUAAUGAUAAUUAUUUAGAAUCUUCUAAUUUAUUUUGUAAAUUUUAUUAUUUAAAAUUAUAUAAUAAAUUAAUUAUUAAAUUUAGUAAAUAUGAUAUUAAAAUUAUAUUAUUUAAAAAUUAUGGAUUUAAUAACAGUAUAAUUAAUAAUAAAAAUUUUUUAACUGUAAAUAAUAAAUUUAAUAAAAUAACUAUUAUUAAUGAUUAUUUAAAUAAUUUUUCAAGUAGAAUAAAAAAUAUUAAAAAGUAUAAUGUUUAUACGGGUAAAGGUAUUAAAUAUCCUAAUGAAAUUUUAAAUAUUAAAAUUUAUAAAAAAAAUAAGUAA